AUGUCCGCAAUCUGUGCUGGUGGUUACAACAUCCAGGGGUUGCCGUGCGGCGUUGUACACUUUGAUAGUGGGAUGGACGGGGAUGAUGAUAUGGGCCAAAAUCCAACAUGGUGUUUGUGGAGUUGCCAGUCUUGCUUGGAUGAAGCCAUUUGGCAAACCCGAUCCCCAUGGACCCUUAAUCCGACGACGAACCACGAGGAUGGUUAGAACCCGCGUACAAUAUGUAAGCACUUCAUCAAAAAGGGUCAUGAAACCAUGAAACCCAAUCCUUCGGAACCCUUUCAUCACACGGACCAGUAAGAUUGGGGAUUAGAUGUGCUCUCUUAGCGAUCAGUCACCGGAGCAAAUCAGAUCAUGCCUUUAUCUAUCCCUCCAUUAUCGAACUACAAAAAUCACCCCUUAUCAAAAUCACAAAAUCAUUAUCAC